UCCAAAACCGCCAAACCAAUGUUCCCUCCCCGUCAAGCCGCCACUCUUCUCCUCGGCCUCCUCCUCCUUCUCCAAGUGUUUCUCUGCACUUCCAGCUACCAUGACUACGCCGACGCAUUGUCCAAAUCCAUUCUCUUCUUUGAGGGCCAGAGGUCCGGCUUCCUCCCCGACGACCAGCGCCUCUCUUGGCGAUCCAAUUCCGGCCUCGGCGACGGCUGGCCGGUCAGCAAGGACUUGACCGGCGGCUACUACGACGCCGGCGACAACGUCAAGUACGGCUUCCCGAUGGCCUUCACCACCACAAUGCUGGCCUGGAGCGUGGUCGAGUUCGGGGAGGCCAUGCCGCCCGGCGAGCUGAGGAACGCGCUCGUCGCGAUUCGCUGGGCCACCGAUUACCUUCUCAAGACGGUGUCGGACCUGCCGAACCGGAUCUUCGUGCAGGUUGGGGAUCCAGUCAUAGACCAUAAUUGCUGGGAGAGACCGGAGGACAUGGACACGGCGAGGACGGUUUACACGGUGGAUGCCCCGAACCCGGCCUCCGACGUCGCCGGGGAGACUGCGGCAGCUCUAGCAGCUUCGUCCAUGGCGUUCCGUUCAUCUGAUCCGGGGUACUCGGAGACGCUGCUGAGAACCGCCAUUGCAUCGUUUGAGUUUGCAGACAAUUACAGAGGGGCCUACAGCGACAACUCCAACAUCAGAGAUGGAGUGUGCCCAUUUUACUGCGACUUUGAUGGAUACCAGGAUGAGCUGCUGUGGGGCGCAGCUUGGCUGAGGAGGGCCUCUCAGGAUGGAACUUACCUUAAUUACAUACAAAAUAAUGGGAAAACACUUGGCGCUGACGAGAAUAUUAACGAAUUCGGAUGGGACAACAAGCAUGCUGGCCUAAACGUCCUUGUUUCCAAGGAAGUUCUGGAAGGCAGCAUGUACUCGCUCCAAUCCUACAAAUCAUCAGCCGAUAGCUUCAUGUGCACGCUCAUACCGGAGUCCGACUCCUCCCACAUCGAGUACACUCCCGGUGGCCUCAUCUACAAGCCCGGCGGCAGCAACCUCCAGCACGUCACCACCAUCACCUUCCUCCUCCUCGUCUACGCCAACUACAUGGAACGAUCCUCGCAGGCCGUCAACUGCGGUUCCAUCACCGUCAGCCCCGCGCUGCUUCGCCAGAUCGCCAAGCGCCAAGUCGACUACAUCCUAGGCGACAAUCCCAAGGGCAUGCCGUAUAUGGUUGGCUACAGCAAUUAUUAUCCCCAGCGAAUUCAUCACCGCGGCUCGUCGUUGCCGUCGAUCAAAAAUCACCCCGAGAUGAUUGCGUGUAAGGAGGGAUCUGUUUACUUCAACUCUUCAAAUCCUAACCCUAACACGCUCGUCGGCGCCGUUGUCGGCGGGCCGGGGGAGGACGACGUGUAUGAAGACGACAGAGCCGAUUUCCGGAAGUCGGAGCCGACGACGUACAUCAAUGCGCCGUUUGUCGGCGCGCUUGCGUAUUUCGUGGCUAAUCCGAACCCUAGCUAGCAAGCCGUUACAGUACUCGCCGGUAAUUAGUAUAUAGUUGUUUGUUCAUUUUGAGAUCGAUAAAAAAUCGAUCGAAUUUUAAGGUCUCUCAUCUUGAGCGAGAAGCCGAGAGCGGAAGAGGCCGAGAUGCUUGCUUUAGAUUAAUUAUGAUAUCCAGCUAGGAACCAAAACAAAAUCUGGUCGCAAUGGCUUGCUGUGACCAUUCAUAUAGAAGCGAAGAUCGAUGGAGAGCUCGAUCAGCGCUCCUCCUCUUCAUGUACGAGCCUAGCUCAACAGUUGGGCACAAAAGCAAAUUAAUUAAUACAAUGUUCAGCAUUUUUACCUUUUCUUUUGAAAUCCU